GUGUGCCUUAUUCCUACGGCCAUUCCCAGCGUGGAUCUGGAAAGAUGGCUUGCGGAGGGGGCAUUUUUACAACAGUUAUUUGAUUACAUCUAAACACACAUUCACAACUUUGAUGUCCACGAUAUUGUUUUCGACUGUUGAGUGAUUUGAACUCGCGCUCUUUGCCCGCUGAAUGUGAAUUUCCCUAGCUAGCUAGCUAAAUAGUUAUCUAACACGUGCAUACUUCACUGCAUUUGGUGAUGAACUCCGAUGACUCACACUGCUGGGCUACCAUGCUAUUGGCUCAAGUUAACCGGAGUUUGCAGCCAGUGACUCUUGCUGAUGGAUCCACAGUCUACAUCUCGUGUACCCCAGCAGUUUCUCUUUCAGAUACUAAGUUCAUGGAUGGACAGCUCAUUCAGUUGGAAGAUCGAUCUGCAGCACAUCAUGUCUCAAAAACAGACGAGACCAGCAGGUGGACAGGUUCUCCACUGUGUGAAAGGAUCGGAGGUGAUGGUCUGAGACUGGAGAACGGUCAGGCUGUACAGCUGGAAGAUGGCACCGCUGCUUACCUACACCCCCCCAGAGAGACCCAUGGCCAGAAUACACUGCAGGCUGUCCAGUUGGAAGAUGGCACCACAGCCUAUAUUCAGCACACUGUGCAGAUGCCCCAGUCCAAUACCAUUCUGACCACCCAUGCAGGUAGCACAGUGUCAGACUUCAAUGAUGGCACCAUCGACCAAGAGACCAUAAGUGUGCUGGAACAGUACGCUUCCAAGGUAGAAGCUGUUAAGCCUGCCACCAACUCGGGUAUUAUGGAAACCGAUCAAGAUGAGGCUGUGCCCAUGCAGGUACAUGAAAAGGUGCACACAGGCGGCAGGCCAUAUCUGUGUAAUGUCAAAGGCUGUGGGAAGAAGUAUGGCACAGGCCAUGACUUAAAAAGUCACCUUAAGACACACACAGGGGAGACGCCUUACCGCUGCCAAGAACUGACUUGUGGAAAAUCAUUCAGGACGUCAGGACAACUCCUGUUGCAUGUCAGGACCCACACAGGUGAAAGGCCAUUUCCGUGUCCGUUUGAGGGGUGCGGAAGAACUUUCAUUGCCUCAAACCACAGGAAAGUGCACAUUCGCAAACACACCGGAGAGAGGCCGUACUCCUGCGCCGAGCCAGGCUGUGGACGCUCCUUCACCUCUACCAGCAGUUACAGGAGCCACAUUAGAAUCCACACAGGAGAAAAGCCGUAUCUGUGUACAGUCCCAGGUUGUGACAAGCGAUUUACAGAAUACUCAACCCUUUACCAACACCAUGAGGUCCACAUACCGUUCAACCCAUACAGCUGCAACCACUGUGGGAAGUCCUACAAGGUGAUUUCCUCCCUGGACCAUCACAAACGCACUGCGCACAACGACGCAGAGGUCAUUGAGGAGGAGCAGGAGGCCUAAUUUAAAUCUCCUGCAGCUCAGUGAACAACCCACUCUAGAAGAAGCCAUCAAAAUAGCAUCCAGUAAACAUCAAGAAGAAACGCAGCGAUUACAAGAUUUACUCGUACUACUUUGGAGAAAAUUUGACUGGACUGGAUGGGCAGAAGUACUGGCUAUUGAUAUUACAGUGUUCUACAUUGAAGUUAAUGCUUAUGAAACAACAUAAUUAUUCAUUCAAUUUUGUACAUAGUUAUUUAAAAUAUCUGCAGAAAGACUUAGUCUUGAAAGAUGAUUUCGAAAAGUUACAGCAGGAACCAGAAUUUUAAUGUUUUUUUAUUAUUAUUUCUAUCUUGGUUAAUAUUGUAUUUUGUGUAUAUAAAUGAAUCAUAUAUAUAUUACUUUGGAAUUUGUAAAAAAAAAAUACUAAUAAAGGAUUCACACUGAUUGGUAAAGAAA